UGUCUUUGUGCUUUUGUGCUGCCAAGAUGACGAUCCUCGUUGAGCAAACCCUACCUGCAGACUUGGGAAUUCAGGAGAAAGGAAUAGUGUCCGAUGUGCCAAAGAAGGUGGAAGACGGUGGCUUCAUUGUGCCUGAAAGCAAUGCUUUUGGAAACACGUUCAGGGAUUAUAGUGCAGACACUGAAAGAAAGGAGAUCGUUAAGGAGCUCUAUCGGCAGAGCCACAUUAACCAAACCUAUGAUUUUGUGAAAGAAAUGAGGGAGAAGUAUAGGAAGCUGGAUCGAGUGGAGAUGAGCAUAUGGGAAUGCUGUGAGCUUCUGAACGAGGUUGUGGAUGACAGCGAUCCCGAUCUCGAUGAACCCCAGAUUGAGCAUUUGUUGCAGACUGCUGAAGCCAUCAGGAAAGACUAUCCUCAAGAGGAUUGGCUGCACUUGACUGCCCUUAUCCAUGAUCUUGGGAAAGUUCUGCUGCUACCAAGCUUUGGAGGGCUUCCUCAGUGGGCUGUUGUUGGUGACACAUUUCCUCUUGGUUGUGCAUUUGAUGAGUCCAAUGUUCAUCCAGAGUUUUUCAAGGAGAACCCUGAUUACAAUAACCCUGCUUACAACACCAAGUAUGGGGUUUAUUCUGAGGGGUGUGGGCUGGAGAAUGUGCUCAUGUCUUGGGGACAUGAUGACUACAUGUACUUGGUGGCUAAGGAAAACAAGAGUACUCUACCAAAUGCUGGGCUGUUUAUCAUCCGAUAUCAUUCCUUUUAUCCUCUGCACAAGUCUGGAGCAUACACCUACUUGAUGAAUGAUGAGGACCGCGAGAAUCUCAAAUGGGUCAAGAUUUUCAACAAUUAUGAUCUUUACAGCAAGAGCAAAGUGAGGAUUGAUGUGGAGAAGGUGAAGCCAUACUAUGAGUCUCUCAUUAAGAAGUACUUCCCAGAGAAGCUCAAGUGGUGAAAUUCUAGGGAGUUUGGAAGUUAUUGGUGGUUCUGUUUCAACUGUCUUAUUAUCUGCUUGAAAACUCGUUGGUUGGAUGGCUUUUUAUUUUUCUUUCUUCUUUUGUGAAAUGUGUUCUGUUAUAGUAAUUUGGUGUAUUGAAAGGGAGUUGGAAAUUGUAAGUUUGGGCUGAAAUGGAUUAUUAUUGUGCUAAGUUAAAUGAAAUUAAAAUAUUUGCAGU